AUGGCCCUAGCGCAGCGCCAGGUGACGGUGCAGGAGGGUCCCCUCUACCGCACGGAGGGCUCCCACAUCACGCUGUGGUGCCGCGUGAGCGGCUACCAGGGGCCGGCGGAGCAGAACUUCCAGUGGUCCAUCUACCUGCCGUCGGCCCCCGAGCGCGAGGUGCAGAUCGUGAGCACGGCCGACCCGUCCUUCCCCUACGCCAUCUACACGCAGCGCGUGCGCAGCCGGGAGAUCUACGUGGAGCGGCUGCAGGGCGACGCGGCCCGGCUGCACAUCACCGAGCUGCAGGAGCGCGACGCCGGCGAGUACGAGUGCCACACGCCCACCACCGACGAGAGGUACUUCGGGAGCUACAGUGCCAAGAUGAACCUCGUGGUCAUCCCCGACUCGCUGCGCGUCACUGCCGUGCCCCAGACGCUGAACAAGGUGGAGCGCGACUCGCUGGAGCUCAAGUGUGAAGUGUCCAAGAGCACGGCGCAGCACAGCCACGUCUCCAUCGCGUGGUACCGGCAGCGGGGCAGCGAGGCGCCGGUGGAGGUGAUCUCGCUCAGCCGCGAUUUCGUCCUGCGCGCCGGGAGCAUCUACGCGCAGCGGCAGGCCACGGGAGACAUCCGCUUGGACAAAGUGGGAGAGACCACCUCUAAGCUCACCAUCUACAACCUCCACCCGUCAGAUCAAGGCGAGUUUUACUGCGAGGCCGCUGAGUGGAUCCAGGACCCGGACAAGUCUUGGUAUGCCAUGACCCGCAAGCGCUCCCAGGGCACCAUCGUCAACGUCCAGGCCACUGAUAAGGAAUUUGGCGUUCGGCUGGAGACGGAGAAGCGGAUGUACACCGUGGGCGAGCCCGUGGAGUUCCGCUGCAUCCUGGAGGCGCAGAACGUCCCUGACCGCUACUUCUCCAUCUCCUGGGCCUUCAACAGCUCCCUCAUCGCCAGCCUGGGCCCCAACGCCGUGCCAGCGCUCAACAACGAGUUUGCCCAACGUGAGGCCCUGGGCCAGCUCAAGGUAGCCAAAGAAAGCGACAACGUUUUUGUGCUGAAAAUCUACCGUCUCCGCCUUGAGGACAGCGGCAAGUACAACUGCCGCGUGACUGAGCGGGAGAAGACUGUGACGGGCGACUUCAUUGACAAGGAGAGCAAGCGGCCAAAGAACAUCCCCAUCACUGUCCUGCCUCUCAAGACCAGCAUCUUGUUGGAGAUAACCAACAAUGCCAGCAAUGUCUUGGAGGGCGAGAGCCUGCGCUUUGGCUGCACCGUGCGCUCGAGCUUUGGGCCGCAGAGCCGCCUCUCGGUCGCCUGGCAGCUGGUGGACAAGCAGAACCGGCGCAGCGAAAUCGUGCGGCUGGAUCGGGACGGCACCCUGCACCCGGGCCCGGCGUAUGCCGAGCGCAGCAGCUACGGGGGCGUCCAGAUGGAGCAGGUGCGGCCCGGCGCCUUCGCCCUGGAGAUCUUCAACAGCAUCAAGGCAGACGAGGGCCACUAUGAGUGCCGGGUGGCCGAGUGGACGCGGACGCUGGAUGGGGAGUGGCAGAUGGUUGGGGAGCGGCACGCUGGCACCACGGUGUCUAUCACUGCUCUGGAGGCUGGCUUUGCUGUCACAGCCAUUUCCCGCACGCCCGGCGUGACCUACAACGAGUCGUUCGACCUGCAGUGCAUCAUCAAGCCGCACUACCCGUCGUGGGUGCCCGUGUCGGUGACGUGGCGCUUCCAGCCAGCGGGCAGCACCGAGUUCCACGACCUGGUCACCUUCACGCGCGACGGCGGGGUGCAGUGGGGCGACAGGUACGCCGGCUUCCGGACACGCACGGCCAUCGAGAAGGCCGAGUCCAGCAACAACGUGCGCCUCAGCAUCAGCCGCGCGAGCGACACGGAGGCUGGCAAGUACCAGUGCGUGGCCGAGCUCUGGAGGAAGAACUACAACAGCAGCUGGACGCGGCUGGCGGACAGGGCCUCCAACCUGCUGGAAAUCAGGGUCCUGCGGCCAGUAACCAAGCUGCAAGUGAGCAAGUCCAAGAGGAGCAUCACUCUGGUGGAGAACAGGCCCAUCCCGCUCAACUGCUCGGUGAAGUCUCAGACAAGCCCCGAUUCGCACUUCGCCGUGCUGUGGUACGUGCACAAGCCCUCCGAUGCCGACGGCAAGCUCAUCCUGAAGACCACGCACAGCUCCGCCUUCGAGUACGGCACGUACGCGGAAGAAGAGGGGCUGCGGGGCCGGCUGCAGUUUGAGCGCUCCGCGUCCGGGGGGCUCUUCAGCCUGACGGUGCAGCGGGCGGAGGUGCGCGACAGCGGCAGCUACUACUGCCACGUGGAGGAGUGGCUGCUCAGCCCCAACCACGCCUGGUACAAGCUGGCAGAGGAGGUGUCCGGGCGCACGGAGGUCACUGUCAAGCAGCCAGAUAACCGUCUGCAGGUGAAUCAAACCCACAAGAAUGUGACCAUCCUGGAGAACCAGUGGGUGACCCUGGAAUGCCUGGUCAGCAGCCGGACCAGCGCCUCAUCCCAGCUCUCCGUGGAGUGGUACGUCUGGCGGCCGGGACACCCGGAGAAGGAGGCCGUGGCCCAGCUGAGCCGGCAGAGCAUCCUGCGCUACGGGGAGGUGGCAGCGCUGAGUGACCUAAGGACCCGGCUGCACCUGGAGAGCCCGUCCCCAGGCCUCUACCUCCUCACCAUCCAGAACGCUACUGUGCGGGACAGCGGGGCCUACGACUGCCGCGUGGAGGAGUGGCUGCUGGACCCCAGCGAUCACUGGUACAAGCGCGCGGAGGACCUCUCUGGCAUCAUCACCCUCACCGUGAAGCAGCCAG